CGCCGCGAGUGCGCUCCCACUCGUUUCAUCUUCCCUACACUCGACCUAAGCCAUGUCCAACCAGGAUUACUACAGUAGUCAGCAACAGUAUUAUCCCCCACAAGGUGUGUCUUGCCCUUCAUUAUUCAAGCGUCAGGAUUCACUCUCCGAGUGCAGGACCACCUCAGGGUGGCUACUACCCGCAGCCACCUCAGCAAGCUUAUGGCCAGCCUCCCCCGCCUCAAGGCUACUACCAGCCUCAGCCGCCACCUCAGACCGUCUAUGUGUAAGUGUCUCCCCUUCCCCUUCCCCUCUCCCCGUGUCACCGGCCAACCCGUUCUGGCCUCACGAUACCCCUCUCUCGAUAGACAACAACCGCCUCCCAAGGGCGGCGGCGGUGGCGGCGGCGACUGCUGUGCAUGUUUAGGGGGAGCGUUGCUUUGCUGCUGCGCAGAAGGUGCGUCGUGCUGCGUUAGCUUCGUCGUCUACUAACUUGUAGCAACCAUAGAGAUUUGCUGUGAUUGUCUCUUCUAAUCCAUGGAUGUUGCUAUAUAUACCAUAUCGAAGCCACCGUGAUUCUCGCCCACGUCGACUCGGUCCCUACCGUCGUCCUAACUUCAAGUGGUUUUAGGCAUUCCUAGGAUUAUUAUUAUGCCCAUGCUGUCUAGUGUAUUUCUCUAGGACUUAUAUAAUUUGCAUGCCUUUCUCUGGACCUGUCAGAUAGCCUUUUGUCCACGUCAGAAAGCGAAUUUUGAGCCUCCGAGAAGUCCACGUUGUCGCCGACAAUUUGGAAGGCUGCCACAAAAUUGGAGCUGUUCACAGCAACUUGAAAGAGCCUAGGAUGUGACAGAACGGU